AUGAGUUACAUAGAAGGAAUUUCAGAAUACCAAGAAGAAUUUACCCCCUUUUCCCGCGAAAUUAAUUUCUUAAACUUAAAUUACUUAUAGAGAAGGCUAAAGCUACUACUCACCUCCACAUAACGCUCCACCACUUGCUGCCAGUCCGGACAUGACCUUCCAUUCUGUUGCUCCUCACAGGCGAGUGUUGAACUCUCUACCCGAGAGUCGAGACACUAGGUCACAAUCCGUAUGGCAACAGGGCUUAUCUUUUAGAAAAUUCGAAAAGUGAAUUUUCUGAUGGGUUUGUCUACCAAUACCAAGGUGGAACCCGAAGCCUAGGACGCAACACCUGGUAUCGUGCUAGGGAUUUCGCCUGAUGACCAAGUGACAUCCUCUCGCCUUGCUAGACGUCCCCUUUCUAUCUACAGCGAGCUAUCUCCCUAAGGGUAAAAUCUUGACCUGGACCAACUCCGCCAAAUAAAGUAAAACCCAGACAGAUAAAUUGAAAAAGCUGACUAUAGGUGUUAAGAAGGCGUGCUGGCUCACCACACCAUUUUAAUGUAUGCGAAUUCAAUCUCAAUGCAGUAGUGUCCGACCUCUGGCCAAGACAACCUCAAGGGAAACGUUUUGUUUUGCGAAUGAAUUCGAUUCUUCCUCAAUUCAAAAUCACGAAUGAUGUAUUGCGCUCUCUAUGAGACUUUUCGAAUAAUCCAGAAUCGCACGUCUCAGGACUAAUGACAGCCUUUAAAUACUCUCCUUCCCACUACUUAAGCUUAAAAACACAAGAAGUCAGCUGGCUAUCACGAGGAGAGCCAACGCCCAUAGCUGACUAUUUAAUUCCAUUGAUUUAUCAGCAUGAACUAAAUGCAGAACACUUGCAUAUAGAAGAAAAAAUUAUUGAAAAUAUGAUGAAUAGUAUAGACAGAAGAAUAAAUAGGGAAAAACUCAUAGAACCUUUAGAUAUACUACGAGUGUGUGCUGCCUUUUCAGCAGAUGAAAAAGGGCAAAGGCUGCUGCUGAAGUGUGAGCUGCUGUUUCCUGCAGUCACCCUUCAAUUUACUCCAAUUGCACCACUUAAGCUAGUUUCGACACCACUCAGCAUUAAGCUGACGAAAAAUUCGCUUGAAAGGUACCAAUAUGGAUUUUUGACUUUAGACCAGUCAGGAAGAGCAUUGCCGCUCUUAAUAACUGAUCCAUUAGCCUACAAGUACCCGUUAGUAGGGGUAUGAGUUUCAGGGGUUCCUGAGUCAAAAAACAGCAAGCAGUCUUCAAUUGUCCACCCACUGGUUUGGGCUGCUUGUGUCCAAUUUAUUGAAUCCAAAAGCAUUAGAGAAAAAAUAUCGCCAAGUCCUGAAGAUAUGACAAUUUUAUUUUUGCAUUUUAAUGGGAAGCCAAAGUAUUACGAAGUCUCGUGUCAAGGAAUUUCUAGCUGAAAAACAACGUCAUUUGUAGCAGAAUUACCUAUGGAAGAAGGGGAAUACUUUUCUCCAUGCUUUGUGACAUUUUUAAGAGAAGACCAAUCAGUGAGCUCUCUUGAAAUUUCAUUAGCUAGUAUAAGAAAAAGCACAAUAAAGAAUUCAGUUUUAUAUGGAAAGUCACCUAAGCCUAUAGCUUGUCCUCCUAGGCCACCGUCACAAUUAAGGAACCAGGGAUCUUCAUUUAUGACAAUUAGAUCAAGCUCUGCUAGAAAUCGAUCUUCAGACAGCUAUAGAAAAUAUUCCCCAGAUUCAGAAAGGAUAAUAAGCCAACAAAGUAAAAUGCUUGCCCAGCUGCAAGCUCAAAUCCAUGAACUACAAGAGCAAGUGUUCAAAUCUCAAAAUCCUAGUAAAAGCUCAUAUCCAAACAUUUUAAAUUUUGUAGCAGAUUCACGAACAAGUGCAUCAUCAGGCACCAAUACAAGCAUAGUUGCCAAUAACCCCCCAGAAGAGCCUCACCACUGUGAAGAAAGCCCCAAUUUUGCCUCAAAAAUGGCAUCAAAAAGACUAAAAGAAGGAAAACCUCCUCAUCAGCAAGCUACAAGUGCACGACAAUAUAGUAAUAAAAAAAACUAUCCAAAGCUGAUCACAUCAGGCUCAGAGGACAGGCUGCAUGACUCUAAUGAAAAUCAUCACGAAAUGGUCCACUAUAACAGUUCAUCUGAAUUUCAAGAAUCCCCUGACGAAUCUCCAAUCCCAGUCAAAUCAAAGCUAAUGUUUUCUCCCCUUACCAAAACAAACCCAGCCUCUAGCACUGUACAAAUAUCAAGCACCUGCCAAACCAAACUCACUUUUUCUCCUUCCAGCAAAACACAAGCUGAAAUAAAGCCAAAAGAGUCUCCAAGCGUCAACAAAGUACUGAAUGUUUCCAAUAUCCUUAAGCCAAACCUCCUCAAUGUAGAAUCUUCUGACAAAACUAUAUGUGUGCCUAAGAUAAACUAUGAGAGCGGAAGUGAGUCUUCAGAUGACGACAUGAUAGAAGCUGUAGAAAGGAAGUAUUUGUCUAUGAAAUAA